UGUGACUUCGCUCUUUCCCCGUCAAAGCAGCACGUCUUCGCCCUGAGCAGGAAUCGAAACCGGACUUGAUCUCAACUACCGCGGCGGUCGUGUAGCAGCAGGACCGGCGCUGUGCUGGUUUUAGUGGUUCCGAUGGCAGGUCUGAGGAGCGAAGGUGGAGCACCGACCGGCCGGCGGACAGCACUGCCGGCUGGCCUUGCUCUCCUCCCGCUGCUGCUGCUCACCUGCUGCGUCAGGUGUGCAGAGAGCUCCAAGCCGAGCAACAUCAUCCUGGUGCUGGCCGACGACCAGGACGUUCAGCUGGGGGGGAUGACGCCGAUGAAGAAAACAAAAGCUUUAAUAGGAGCUGCAGGAGCAACAUUUCUGAACGCUUUCACAGUCACACCGUUGUGCUGCCCCAGCAGGGCCAGUAUCCUGACAGGUCGCUACCCUCACAACCACGAGGUUAGGAACAACUCUCUGACCGGGAACUGCUCCAGCACUCUGUGGCAGAAAGGGCCUGAGGCCAACGCCUUCCCUGUCUACCUCAGCAAGCAGAAAUACCAGACAUUCUUCGCCGGGAAAUAUCUUAACCAGUAUGGCAAGAAAGAAGCCGGAGACGUCAGCUAUGUUCCACCUGGCUGGGACCAAUGGCAUGCACUGGUGGGAAACUCACAAUACUACAAUUACACACUGUCAGUCAACGGGAAAGAGGAGAAGCACGGUGACAGUUAUGAGAAGGACUACCUCACGGACCUCAUAGUGAACCGGUCCCUUCGUUUCCUGGAUGACAGAAGUCCUCAGCAUCCGUUCUUCCUGAUGCUGUCCCCUCCGGCUCCUCACUCGCCCUGGACGGCAGCGCCUCAGUACCAAAAGAAGUUCAGUAAUGUUCAGGCCCCUCGAGACGGCAGCUUUAACAAGCUGGGGAAGGACAAACACUGGCUACUGCGUCAGCCGGUCAACCCCAUGCCCAACAGCUCGCUCACCUUCCUGGAUGAUGCCUUCAGGAAAAGGUGGCAGACUCUGCUGUCUGUGGACGACAUGGUAGAGACGCUCGUGAAGAAACUGGACAGUAUGAAGGAGCUGGACAACACCUACAUCUUCUACACCUCAGACAACGGCUACCACACAGGUCAAUUCUCGCUACCCAUUGAUAAAAGGCAGCUGUAUGAAUUUGACAUUAGGAUCCCGCUCAUGGUCCGCGGUCCUGGCAUCAAACCGAACCAGACGCUGCAGGCUCUGGUACUUAACAUCGAUCUGGCUCCCACCAUACUAGACAUAUCUGGUAUGAACCUGUCAACUGUGAAUGUAGAUGGACAGUCCUUCCUUGCUCAGAUGGCUCCAUCACUACGUAAUGGAACGGCACGGCCAUUUUUCCUGGUUGAAUACACCGGAGAAGGACAUCCAACCACGGACCCUGCCUGUCCUAAACUGGGCCCUGGACUGUCUCAAUGUUUCCCAGAUUGUGUGUGUGAAGAUGCCUACAACAACACAUAUGCCUGCGUCAGGACCCUCGACAGCCAACACAACCUGCAGUAUUGCGAGUUUGCGGACAGCGAGUCCUUUGUGGAGGUGUAUAACCUGACGUCAGACCCGCACCAGCUGGAGAACAUUGUAAAGAAGGUGGAUCCGACUGUCCUACAGGCAAUGAACCAGCGGCUCAUCAAGCUGCAGUCCUGCAUGGGUGACAGCUGCCGUGACACCAGUUAGCAUGGAGGGAUGCCGGCGAGGAGGCUGCCAAACACAGAAGACCGCGUUGUACUGAGAGCAGACGGUGGGGUCGGUUUGUCUGAACUUUUACCACAAGUAUGAUGUCGUGUUUGACAAGGAAAAACACAAGUGUAACUAAUGAAAUAAGUCACAGCUGAGUUCCAUUUUUGCUGCUUCAGUGCCAGAGCCCUGGUGUUGUGUAGAACUGAGUCAUUUGAUCUGUUGAUGAUAUUUAGAUGUUUGUGCAGCAAAUAUGAAUCCUGGCUCUGUUAAUCUGAACACAAGCUGGAUUCUAAACAUGAGAAAUCACUGUUUGAAUAGGACUUGCAUGCAGGACUGCUUCUUAGACUGGUUCAGUAAUGGAACAGAGUAAAACUGUGAUUUGUCGUUUUAAUACUGUGUGGACCCUCAGCCACAUUUCUAUUUAUAACACCUGAACUUUUCCUUUUCUAUUGUUGCUGUUCAUCUGAGCUGUGCUCAUUUAUUUAAUCCUUUAAAGAGUUUAUUAUAGUUUCUUUUAAGUAGGGGUUGACUGAUAUGACUUUUGCAGGGCCACUACAGAUUAUUAGUAAUCAAGGAAACCAAUAAUCAGUGUUUGAGACUGUUAUCAUUUGCAGGAAUAAUUAAAAUUAUUGUCAAAGUUAGAAUACCAGUGCCAUUCGUUUUGAAAGGAAUGCUGUCUUUAAAAAAUGCCAAAGUAACAACAUUUAUCAGAGCCAGAAACUGUAAAAAAAGAAAGAAUGGAUGGAUUUGAAUUAUUCUUAUGAGUCUGGAACUACUAAUCUGUAAUUUGCCAUUACAUCAGGACACGUAACUUAGUCUGAGCCUGAAAUUGUGAUAUUUCAUCAAAAUCACUUUUUUCUAUUUGUCUUAUUUAAAAGCUUGCAAGUAAUAAAUCGUUUACACUAACCA